CGACGGAAGAAACGUGGAGUGGCUUGGCUAACGAAACUAUAAAGCUUCGGGAGUGCUUCUCCGGCGGGAGAGGCGGAAGGAAACGUAAAUUGGGAGCCAGUGACGGGGACUUUGGACGGAGGAGAUCAGGGCGGAAGAUUGCUAGUGCCCCAGAUUGCUUCACAGUCAAGAUCAUAGUGCAAAGACUCGAACUUUCAAGCAACGAUCAAGGCCUCCGGUUCCUCAAGUCAAAAACAAGUUUCAACGAGCAUGUAGAUGAUCGCAUCCCUUCCGAAUAUGGACUCUAUAUGUGCGUGGAAGUUCAGCAUAAAUUAUUGAACAUCAAAUCAUCAAUCAUGCCGGUUUUGUUGUACUUUAUACUCCGUAGUCCGUAUUAUGAAUAUAAACUCCUGUGGAGAUGGUCUCCUAGAUUUGUUUCUAUAAAGGCUCCUGGCUCCAAAGCGUGAAUGAAUUUCAUCUCCUGUGGAGAUGGUCUCCUAGAUUUCCAUCAAAUAAUUUAAUUUAGAUUCUUGAUGUAUAUUCUUGAUGAAUUUGAAUUUGAAUGAAUUUAGAUUCUUGUCUGUUUGUUUUCCUUUUUAUUAAUUUCUUUGCUUCUAUGUUUUCGUAUAAAUUCU